AUGCCGUUACACUAUAUCAUCAGCCAAAAGAACCGUAAACAACUUAUGGUGAAAGGAUACAUCUAUAAUUUUGAACGUGCUAGUGCUGAGAAAAGUAUUUGGAAAUGUGUAGAGUAUUUUACUUGUAAGUGCAAAGGGCGAAUUCACACUCAAGAUGAUAAUAUCAUUCUUGAAAAAUCUCACGGGCAUCCUCCAAAUGCUGGCAAAAUUACAGCGAAAGAGAUUAUGAGUUCAAUUAAAGAGCGUGCGGUAACAACGCAAGAAUCGACACAUUCUUUAGCAGCAGUUGGUACAAUUGGUCUUCCUUGUGCUGUUUCGGGGCAUAUACCACCAGUGGAAAAUAUUAAAAAAAUUAUCAGAUAUGCUCGACACGGAGAAAUGCCAUUGCAUAAUCCUAGAUGUCUUGAAGAAUUAGUAAUCCCAGAACAGUUUUCAAAAACACUAAAAGAAGAGAAAUUUUUGCUGUAUGACAGUGGAGUGCAGACAGACAGAAUUCUAAUUUUUUCGACCCUCAGAAAUCUGGACUUCAUGGCUGAAUGUCCGAACUGGUUUGCUGAUGGAACUUUUAAAGCAACACCACCGCUUUUCAGUCAGAUUUAUACAAUCCAUGGUGUUAAAUAUGAUAAUGUGAUACCUUCAGUGUAUGUAUUAAUGCCAAACAAACGCGAAGAAACAUACAAUAGAGUGUUUACGGUGAUAAAAUCUUUGAAACCGAAUCUGCAGCCCAAAACUGUAAUGACUGAUUUUGAAAAGGCUGCCAUAAAUGCCUUUAAAAAUUCCUUUCCGAAUAUCAUUCAGAGAGGAUGUUUUUUUCAUUUAAGUCAGUGUGUGUAUAGAAAGAUUCAGUCUGCAGGUUUGCAAAGUAAAUAUGAAACUGAUCCGAAUUUCGUUUUGGAAAUCUCUCAACUUGCAGCUUUGGCUUUCGUUCCUACUUCAGAUGUCAUUGAAGCAUUUGAACAAUUAAUAUCAUCUACUUAUUUUGUAAAUAAUAUGAACAUCAUUCAGCCAAUCAUAAAUUAUUUUGAAGACACAUGGAUUGGUAGAUUUACUCGUCGUGGACAACGUCGCAGACCAGUGUUUGACAUCUCUCUUUGGAACUGUUAUGAUGCUGUAAAAGAUAAAGUUCCAAGGACAAAUAAUGCGGUUGAAGGAUGGCAUCGCAGAUUCAACGAACUUAUGAACGGAUGCCAUCCAACAAUCUGGAAAUUUAUUGAUUGCUUAAAAAAGGAACAAAAUUUAAAUUCUAUAAAAAUUGAACAAUACAUUGCAGGUCACCAUCCACCAGUAAGUAGAAAAGUUUACAGAGAUACAUCUCUCAGAAUUCAAAAGAUUGUAAAUGAUUAUAAUGAUCGGCCUAUUUUAGACUAUUUAAGGGGAAUAGCCUACAAUUUUCAACUGCAGGUGUAA